AUGGCCUGGAUGAAUGUGACUACAAACGCCGCAAUGAAAUGCUUGAGGUCAUUGGUAAUCACUUUUCUGCUCUUCCUGUCUGGUUUCGCUCGCUUUUGUGUUACAAGUCGACCGGAAAUAAUAAUUGCAAAGCAUCUUCAAAAGCUUAAUCCUCUUCAUCUACAGCAAAAUAAUGAAGAAAACGUUAACGACAUCAGGAUCUUUUUUGAAACACAGUUGGGCAACAUCAUUCAGUCAGGCUGUGAAGAAGUUGUUAUCGAUGCACUGGUCCGAGAGGCUGCAGGGCAUUUUUUAUAUGCUUAUUUGAUAGUCGAUUCUAUCAAGGAAAACGUUUCACGUCUUACUCCUGAGGAGUUAGGAAGAACCUUAACUUCGGGUGUAUCGUCUGUUUAUCAGUCCUAUUUUGAGCGUCUGGAAAAAGAAUUGACAAUCGGUGAAGAAUUUUUUUUGACUUUUCUAAGUGCUCUUGCAGUAGCAAAAGAACCGCUUCCUCUAGACUUCGUUUCUAAGAUGUUGCUUUCGGACAUAAAGUCUCCAGCUGGUCACCGAAAAGUUAGAAAGGCUAUCGAAUGUAUCUCAACCCUUUUACCUAUUCAAGAUGGCUGCAUUCACUUCUUUCACAAAUCAGUUAAGGACUGGUUGACUGAUGGAGCUCCCGACAUGUACGGCGUGCAACACAAAUUUUAUGUGAACGAAGACCAGGGCCACCUUGCUCUUUCUCAGCUGUGUGUUGAUGAACUUGAUGAUGUCAAAAGAAAAAGUGUUAACGGCACAGAUUUCAGUGAGGCUGUCAAGUACGCCCUUCAGUAUGGUGUUGGUCAUAUGCUUGAGUUGGAAGAGAGCGCAAGAGCGCCCGGCAGGUUUGAAGAAAUCAUUAACAACUAUGUCACCGACUUAGACAUUGUGCAUGCAAAGCUUUGUGUACGCAACACGCUUAAUUCUGAAGACAUUAUCUAUGUUCAAAAACGAGAAGCUUUUAGGACAUUGAGCGAUGAAAGUCAAAGGGCCCUUAGCACGUUGUUUUCUCUCUUAAGAAAGUACCAUGGAAGACUUUCGACGCAUCCUAGUACAAUAUUUCAAGUGAUGGUGAAUGAGGGAGGGGACGUUUUUGCUGGUGAAGCGACGAAAGUUUUACAGAAUCGUGAAAUACCUUACAUGGAGUACCUUCAUAAGGAAGCUGUGAAGAAGGAGUCGAAUAAGAUCCAGGCUGAGUUUCGCUGUAAGUCCAAGGUUGUUUGUUUUGAUAUUUCCCCUACGCAGGAGUUCAUGGUAAGCGAAUGUACUUAUGGAAAGAUUUACCUUUGGUCACUCAUGACGCGUGAGCUAAGGUGGAAACGUUGUGUUGAGGUCAGGAAAUGUUUUUUUGAAGAUUCUAACCCCAGAAGAGUGUUGGCAAACUCACCUGUUUUAACAUAUUAUCGCUCUGUUGUUUUUCACCCCACUGAGCCCAUUGUUCUUCCUGGAAUCCUUAGCCAUGCGUACUCAAUUGACGGAGACCUACUACCUCUGUUCCCAAAGAGCAACUGCAGAUUUUCUGUUUGUUCAGUUCAUGGGGACGAGAGCAAAAUUAUCACCGAUUGCCCUGGUGAUGCUAAAUGCCUUGUCAUGUGGAAUCUAAAAAAUGGCGAAGAGAUCGCUCGAACCAUCAGAAAUGAAGUUGUUUUGUCCUUUGCUUGGUCUCCAGAUGGAACGCUUCUGGCAAUUUCCCAUUUUUCGGGACUGGUAUGUUUGGUUGACCCAUUGAACUGUUUAGAGACCACUCUCGCAGAAGUCGCCACUAAUCAGCCAUUGGGAAUGAUAAAGUUUACCCCUGACAUUCAAUUGCUGUUUGGUUGCUCUUGGUCAAUGGAAGCGGUACCAUUGGUCUUCAUAGAUAUUGUAGAAUAUUGGGAAAAAUUAAGUUUUCGCUUACACGUCGUUAAGUUACCUUCUGGCACCUUUUCCUUUAACGUUUUAAACAAUUAUGCUUAUGAUCCUCGGAAUUACGAAUCAUCUAGCAAAGGUGGAUUCUUGAUGGGAGAUCCUUUUCUUUUCGAUUUUUCAACUCACUCUUCUUCUCUUCAAGGGUUUGCAUUUGUAUUAAACAAACAAAGUGUAUUAAUGGCAAAUUUUGGCGACAGGAAAAUUACAAUGCUUAACUGUGAUAAACGUGAAUUGGCCAACAUGGUUCGUCCGGUCGAUUGGCGUUUCAAUAGCGUUGCCUUCGCCUUAGAUGGGAAGACGAUCUAUGGGAUCACCUCCUAUCCAUGGCCGGCUGAACGCGUACAACUGGUAUCUUGGGAUGUGUCGAGUGGAGAUCGUAAAGCAGAGAAAAUUGUAGCCGCACAUAAUAUUUUACUUGUACCUGUGUCAGAAGGUGUCCUUUUGAAAGAACCUUGGGAGGAUGUUCAGCUAUGGAAUUUUGAGUUGUCACAACAAGUCCGAAGUUGGCCUAAUUUAAGCAAGAUUAGCGAUAUAAUGCCAGUUUCAGACCAAUGUGUAGCGUGUGUGUGGACAGAUUUUGAAGUAAGCAUCCUGGACACAUCAAAUGGAAACAUAGUGAAGACCAUCUCACUUUGUCACAAGGUUUUCCAGUCAACAUAUCGUUCGUGGCAUAGAAAAGCCGUAGUGUGUAACAGUAAAUAUCAGCUGCUAUCUUUCAAGCCUAGCACAGUUCAGCUGUCAGACGGAGAAAAUGAACUAUGGAAGAAAACUCUUGAACAUCCACAUUUUUUUCAAGAGGACAGCUUGGGCCUACCUUGGAUGUUUUCUCCAACAGAGGAGUUCAUCCUUAUCUCGUGUAAAUUGAAACCUCUGUUAAAGACAGAAGUUCUUGUUCUUGAAGCAUCUUCAGGAAAGUAUCUCCGGACGCUAUGCACCGUUGAUAGUAUUCUAGACUGUGCCUUUGUAAGUAAGACGGAAUGUGUUAUCGUCUGCUAUCCUUAUAUUACAGGGAGUUAUUGUCUUCCGUUGUUCAAUGUUAGCACUGGGGAUUUCUUAACUGUACUUGAUAUAGAUUUUGAACCGUCCCGGUGUCUGGCUUCCUGUCCACAAAAGGGUUUGAUCGCUAUUGGCCUUCGGAACUCCAAAUGUAUGUGCGCAGUUAUCCAAGUAAAACUGCCGCGAGACAAAGUAAACCGGGAAGCAAAAGGUGGGUAUGCGUUUUUUCCUUAUCGUUAGUCGAAGAAUUGCUCAGUUUACAUAGCGUCGACGAUAACACCAACAUUAAAUUGGAAAUAUUAGUUGCCAAAAAGGAGCUUGUGUGAAGGAUAGUGCAGUUUGUGGAUAUUAGUGGGAUCGAACCUCUAUUAAGCAGCCACUCUUUUUAGCUGCCUGUUACAAGAUUCCCUGCGAACAAAGCUGUCAGUAAAUCACUGUAAAAAGUACCUCUAUUAAGCAGCCACUCUAUUUAGCGGCCUGUUAUAAGAUUCCCUGCGGACAAAGCUGUCAGUAAAUCACUCUGAAAGUACCUUUUAUUAAGCGUCCACUUGUCCCUUCCGCUGGCCGCUUAACCCUUCAAGUCCCAUGGGUGACCAACCUCAAGUUUUUCCUAACAAUAUCAAUACAUCCUCAUACGAAAACGUUAUGAGAAGUGAUGAAAUAAUCACCUUAUGAGAGAAAAUGCUUUGAGCUUAAAACAAAUUCUCUCAACUAAUUUUUUAAAGAAAUUUAAACUCAAUUUUCCCUUAACAAUAUCAAUACAUCGUAAGAAAACGUCAUGAGAAGUGCGCGAGAUAUCUCAACUCCAGAAAACAUUGUAAAUCUGUAUUCUCAAUUUUCAAAUAUUCUUGCAGAUUACAUAGAUCUUGUUUAAUUAAAAGGGAUGUAAUAAUGGUUCUUACUUUGUUAUUUGGGACCAUGAAUGAAUACAAAUUCAGUUUUAUUUUGGGAUUUCAGAUCCUUACAUAAACGGAUAUUUUCUAAUUGCAUGCGUAAAUUAAGUAUUAUCGAUUGCUUUUAGUUUUUGCAUUCAAUUUUCCCCAUCCAUAGUAUCCAGGAAGAUUUCACUGAAGCAAUCAGAAAUAAGUGGCCUUUAUAGUUUUGAUAAUUACUAAUUUUAUACAUAAAACUGAGUUACUUAUUCAUCGCAUUUUAAUGAUUUGCAGUUUCUGAAAGCUCAGCACUCGGAGACAAAGGUUGUGCCACAGUGUGUCGACCUGGCAACGAAUUGUGA